AUGUGGGACACGCUGGUGUCCAAGGCGCUGAAUCUAGAUGACUUCAGGGACGAUUUGAAAGAUGAGAACGAGUCCGACUCGGACUACUUCCCGUCGGACACGUGCGCCGCCCCCCCGCGCUCGCCGCCCCCGCCGCCCCCCCGCGACCGCCUGCAGUGCGGCGAGUGCGGCAAGCGCGUGAGCAGCGCGUCCUACCUGCGCGUGCACGCGCGCACGCACAGCGGGGAGCGCCCCUACAAGUGCUACGUGUGCGGCGCCGGCUUCAUCACGUCCAGCAAGAUGCACCGACACGUGCUCACCCACCCGCAGUGCUGGGACGAUGAUGAAGUCAAGACAGAAAAUUUAGACAUCAAGAUGGAACCGUUGAAAGAUGGCGACGUCGUUGACGAUAAAAAGAAAUUAAAAAUGAAGAAAGCCCUCGCGAAGUUCUCGAAGAAGCCAAGGAGUUCGGAUAAGAAGAAAAAGCUCUAUCAGAAGCGACCACACGCUUGCGAGUUCUGUCAAAAGAGAUUUCUACACCUGGAGACGCUGCAGGUACAUAAAAAAUCCCACGAAGGCGAGUCGAUAGUGUACAAAUGCACGUUCUGCCUCGAUGAGCAGCAGGACGAGGCGACGUUGAAGGCGCACGAGGCGACGCACGACGGACCGAAGCCCUAUCUGUGCACGAUAUGCGGGAAGGGAUACAAGAAACGCGAGACGAUGAUAUACCACAGGAAGAACCAUAAGCCCGAGAAGGAGUACAUCUGCGACAUUUGCACGAAGAGCUUCAACGCGCAGUGCAAACUGCAGCGACACAUCGUCAGCCACCGCGCCGACAGAUUCGUGCUGCGCUACGAGUGCCCCGUGUGCGCGCACAUGUUCAACACCAAGUACCACGUGCAGAUGCAUCUCGCCACACACCAGAAGGAGGGGCUAAUCCAAGAGGAGAAUCGCAAUGAGAUCCUGGCGAUGGUGUUACAAAACGCGCGUAAGAUACCUAAAACGCCGGACGCGCCCUCCGCCCUCACCGACAUCGUACCGGCCGACGAGAGGAGUCGUGUCUGCAACAUAUGCGGGGAGAUAUUCCAGCACUUCUAUUACCUGGAGGAGCAUCUGAAGAGUCACGGCUCGAAAAUAGCUGUAGAAGACAAUGAAAAGGCUAAAGAAAAAAAACACAUAUGUAAAAUAUGCAAUAAAGGCUUUAAGCUACAUUAUUAUUUGAAAUUACAUAGUUUUACUCAUACUAAAGAGAAGCCGUUCAUUUGCCAGCAGUGCGGAAAGGGCUUCAUUACCAAAGGUAAGUUGAAAAGACAUUUGGAGACACACACCGGCUUGAAAAAAUACCAGUGUCAUAUUUGUUAUAAGUUCUUCACACGGCCCAGUUAUCUAAGGAUUCAUGUUAGGACUAUACACGGUACACAGGAUUAUAAUUUUAGACUAGAAAAACAGUAUGGGUUGUCUGCUGUACCCCUCAUGGGGCACUCCGCUUGAAUGGAGUCGAGCCACUUUUAAUAUAAGUGUACCUUACCUGUAAUUUUAUAUGGAGUGAUAAUUUUUUACCUGUCAAACGUUUAGGCAACUAAUGUCAAUUUUUUUUUUAAUUAUAUUAUUGACAAGAAUUCAAUGUUGAGACCAAAAUUUAAAUAUAUUAAUAAAAAAACAGGUUUAUAUAAAGAAUUGUAUGAAGUGGUAUUUUUAUGUAUUUUAUAAUGAAUAUAGGUACCUUGAUGCGGGUAUGUUGUUUAGUUUGUACGGUUUUAGUUUUCUAUAUAUGGGUGUAGCUGGGAUACUGGGGGGCACACACAGGGGAGCACAGUAACCGUUAUAAAGCACUUCUUAACUUGCAACUUGUGAUUAUUAUUUAAUUUAGUGUUUUAUAGUUUUAUUUAAUUGUAAAUCUUUUAGGGAUUU